CCAUUUUUGUCAACCACCAUUUACUCUGGCUAUCAAACUAUAGAUAUUGGACGCCUUUCCCGCCAUAGAAUUCGCCUUCAAGGAGACAUUUCGAGUGAUCGAAGGCGAUUUGAUUACUAGCGCUGCCUGAUCAAUCACCAUAGCAGCUCAGUUAAUCGAUAAUGGCAGAACUUCGAAACUUCGAUCGGAAAAUUGGACUGCCAUCACUGUCCACUUAAAUCGACAAAUUAUAAGGUGGUUUUUCCCUUUUGAAACUCAUCUGAUGCCGAGAACGGAGGACAUUCUCAAACUUCCGGUGCAAGAUCCAACAUGCUUGGAGUUCUCUGCUGCUCAUAUCAUGUGGGAAAAAAUAGAAGGUGGUCGUCAAGGUGGUGCUGAUAUUGCUCUAGUUCCAUUUUCUAGAGUUGAGGAUUUCGUAAAAGGAGAAUCUUCCAAUGCAGAAUGUCCUUCUCGCUUUCGCAUUGAAUCAAGAAGGAAAAGAACUGCAGGGAGUGUCAGCAAACCAAGGGUCGAUGGUUAUCUCGAAUAUAUAUUGUAUUGGUGUUCUUAUGGUCCAGAAGAUUACCGAGCAAGUGACGUUGGUGUUAGGCGUAGCUCAAUCAUCAAACCUGCAUCUGGGAGGAGCAGCAGACCAGGAAGACGUCACAUGAUGAGAGGUUGCCUCUGCCACUUUACUGUUAAGCGCUUAUAUACACAGCCACAUCUUGCUCUCAUCAUCUAUAACCAAAGAAAGCAUAUUGAUAAGUCAGGAGCUCCUUGCCAUGGGAUACUUGACCAUGAUGCUGUUGGGACAAGAGCUAUGUAUGCGCUAAGAAUUUCAGCGGAAUUACGUCAAAAGAUUAUGUCCAUGCUGUAUGAAGGAAUAUCUAUAGACAAUAUUGUUCAGCACCAUACAGAGGUUGUACAGAGGCAAGGGGGACCCCGAACUCGUGAUGAUUUUCUUUCUCGUAGUGAUGUCCGUAACAUGGAAAGAGCUAUUCGUAAUUCUUCACAUGAGCUUCAUCCAAAUGAUGAUUGUAGUGUGAAGAUAUGGGUGCAACGAAAUAAGAAAAUCAUUUUCUUCUUUCAAGAGCGUAGUGAUUGUGAGCCUUUUGUCUUGGGCAUACAGACAGAUUGGCAGCUACAACAGAUGUUGCGUUAUGGUCGUAAUGGCUCUGUUGCUUCCCAUUCAACAUUUGGAUCAAAGAAACUACGGCUUCCACUGUGUAGUUUACUUGUUUUUGACUCAUCCCAAAACGCCAUUCCCGUUGCUUGGAUCAUUGCAUCCUCUUUUUCUGAUCAAGACAUUCGUAAAUGGCUUGGAUUGCUAGCUGAAAGACUUCGUGCGAAGGAUCCCAAAUGGAGAAUUGGUUCCUUUUUAUUAGACAAUCCUUCUUUUGAGGUUUCUAUUAUAAGGGAGGCUUUUCAGUGUCGGGUUCUAUUAUGCAUAUGGCAUGUUCGUCGCAAUUGGAUGAGGAAUCUUCUUAAGAAGUGUUCUAAUUUGGAUGUACAAAGAAAGAUGCUUAAGAAAUUAGGGAAAGUUUUGUAUUGCACAAGGAUUGGGUUAUGUUUUGCAGAUGCAAUGGAGCAGUUUAAGGAAAUAUUUGCUGAUCAGUGUGCUUUUGUUGAUUAUCUUACGAAUACGUGGUUGCCUGACAUAGAAUUGUGGAUAAACAGUAUACGGUCGCUACCUGUUUCCACUUUGGAGGCCAAUGCGGCGAUUGAAUCAUACCACAUUAGAUUAAAAUCCAAGCUUUUCAAAGAGCAAAACAAUAGUUCCUUGUCAAGAGUUGACUGGCUGGUCCACACUCUUACAACUCAGUUUCACUCCUCAUAUUGGUUAGACCAAUACUGUCUAGAGAACGGAUACUUUGGGAAUUUCAGAGAUAAAUCCAUCCUAACUAAUGCAUGGAACAAGGCAUUACACAUCCCAGAUGUAGAUGUUAUGCUAGAUGAGUCGAAUCUUCAGUUUGCAAAAGUAAUAUCUCAGUCAAAAAGAAAUCUGGAAUAUACAAUUUGGGAUCCUGGUUCAGAGUUCUCUUUAUGUGAUUGUUCUUGGUCAAGGAUGGGAAAUCUCUGUAAACAUAUCAUCAAGGUCUCACUGAUAUGUAAAAGGCAGCAAGCUGCCAGACCAUUGUUGCCUUCUCAAGUUUAUCAGGAUCAUGGGACAAACUGUCAGCACAACCCUGUUAUUUUUUACCAUUGAUUACAUUUACUGACAUACAACAAGAAGCAAAAGGCUUGAAGGAUUUGUCAGAUGGUGGCUUACUCCAGCUUUUACAUCUUGAUACUGAUUCCCAGAUGGAAGAUAAUGUUCUCUUCUCUGAUCCUGAAAUUUUCAAUGCAAGUUUUGUAUCAGUUUCGUUGUUUAGUAACUAUUUAUUUAACUUUUGUCAUAAAAACUAUGAAUAAUUUUGUUUGUUCUAUCAGAUAUGGGCUGGUAGAAAAGGCUUAGCCAUAAUGUGAGUUCUACGUUUGCAAGGAUCUGAGAGUUUCAGAUGGAUGAAAUGCAGCUGAUAGGGUCUGAAGGAUGGCCACUCUGUUGAUGAGGUCCACAUUUGGUUUUGCAUUAAAGCUGUCUCACUUUUGCUAGAGGUAGGGAUGGUAAUGUGAUACUGAUGGCGGUGACGGCAAUAUUGAAGUUAUGGAGGUGAUGAUGGUGUUGAGGAUUGUGGAAAGGUAGUCUCACAUUGGUUAAGAGGUUGAUCAUGGGUUUAUAAGUAAGGAAUAGAUUUCCAUUGGUACGAGGCUUUUGGAGAAACCAAAAACAAAGCCACGAAAAUUUAUGCUCAAAGUGGACAAUAUCAUACCAUUGUAUGAGGCCUUUUGGAGGUUCGUGAUUCCUAACGAGUGGGGAAGGAGAUGGUGAAGAUGAAGGCAAAGGUGCUGCAAGCGGUUUACAAGAAAUUGUGAUCAACAGGCCUGGACAGAAAUACUUUACAUUGCAAAGUUGAUUGCUUUGGCUUAGCUCACAAACAAUUCCUGCGGCUUGCCCAGUGAAAAGUUCGUAUUGUAUACUAAAUUUCUGCAGCUUGAGAAGCUUGCAGACAGGUUAUUAUGUGUCACAUUGAGCGUUUCCAAGCUCGGCAUUUUCCCAUGGGACUUUGGAAACUGAUGGCCAAGAUUAUAAAGAAACGCUUUCAUUAGAUACUAUUGUUCAUUGCGGUUUCUUCACUCGGUGUACUUGACAUGGCAAGACAUCCACGAAACUUUUUGGCAAGAACAAUCACAGAAACUGGUGAGAAUUUAAAUAAUCAGGCAGUACGAAGGCAAAUCGAUUAUGGUGGAUAAAAAUUGUAAUGGAGUUCUUUGUCAAAAAAGAAAUUGGCGUACUCACCUUCAAACUCAUUGAACUGAAGGCCAAGAUAUUUAUGACUUGGGAAAUUUAGAACAUCACGAGGAAAUUUCCCUGCAAACCAGUUGUUUUUGGAAACUGUUUAGAACUUGAUAGCAAAACUGAUUUAAAAAUUGUGGAAAAUGGCAUAUCAGAUAGAAGGUGUAGCUCUUCAGGAAGAUAUCCAGUAAUGUUUCCAUGGUUUAGAUCAAUGCCCUCAACAUAUAGGAUUUAAGGGCCAUCAAGAGCUUUGAAGCAUACGCACCUGUACAGUAGCACAUAUUGCAUCCUACCCAAUUGGCAGUUAUGUUUAGCAGGUUUGAGAUAAUGGCUUUUCUCCAAGCUUAUAGGGCAAGUGCUCAGACUGUGAACCUGCAAGCUCGCUUUGUUUAUGAAGGAUAAUUUUUGAGCUACGAUGAGGCAAACAAGCGUGAGAAAGGUGGUAAUGAAUGGUAAAAAAAAUUCAUUUCAUAUCACAGUUGAGAAAAUAUUCCUGAAAUUUUUAUGCUGGAAAAGUGAAAGAAUUUACUAGUGCCUUCUCUUUUCCUUGCUUCUUAGCUAGGGAGAGGAAGGGGCUGUCAAGGAAAAGAAGAUUUAUGAAGCUGAAAAAACCAAGUGGGGGACUGAACUUAGCUUUUGGGAAAGCAUGAAGAAAUAGUGCAAAGAUUUAUGCACUUAAAGCCCACCUAAUUGAUAUCAAAUAUGUAGCCUACUGGUCCCAAAUCUUACGAAAAAGCCAUAUUCUAUGCAUCAAAAAGGUGGCAUGCUCAAAUUUUGCAGGGUACUAAGAGACGAUCGUGAGGGAAACGCAUUGCAGUUGAAGGACGCUGGAUGUUAAAGCAUACGUGUCACUGUGGCAACAUCUUUUUCAGUAUUGAAGAUAAUUCAAAAGAGAGGGGUAGAAGAGGAAAUUCAUGCGCUGGCCAUAAGGGAUGGCGACACCCGAAGCUUCACAGUAUCGCUGUCGUUCUUUGAGAAACGCGCGUUGCGAAGCCUCUGGAAACCGCGCCCUCGCCUUUACUAUAAAUACCGUUUCUCUUUGAACUGUACCUCACACACCUUCGGAUUCUCGUCUUUCUCGUCCUCAUUUCUCAUCUGGUUCUUGGAACUCAUUGAGUUUCUCGGCUGUUUGGUGCUUCGAUUUUUGUGUUGGAUCUCUUUUUGUAGCUGUUUUUGGUAUUCGGGUUCGCAUCUGCAAGCUUGUGUGUUCGCCGACUGAACGAAGUUCGUUAUUCUAUUUAGACAAUUUUCUGUGGUUUUUCUGUAGUUCGUAAUUCUUGUUUUUGAUCAUCUUUUGGUGGAACGGUUGGAUUUUAGUUUUAUCUUGUCUUCUUUCUUCGGCAAAUGUGUUGUGCAUUUGCUUUCUGGCUUGAAUUUUUUGUUUGGUUUCUUUGAUGAUUUUAUCGCGAAAUAGAUGGGGAUUUGGGAUCUUAUACCUUCUGGUUUAGUUCGACUUGUUGUGAGUGGUUCUCGAUUGUGUUCUUGUUCCCUCUGCAACUACAAUUGUGGAGGUAUAUGGUCCCAAAUUUUCUAUAAUUUUUCUUUCUUGCGAUAAUGAAGUCAAAAUUAUCCUUGCAAUUUUUUGGGUCGUACUAGGCUGUUUGGUUCUCUGCGAUUAAUGGCUCUGGGGAUGUUCGUUCCCUAGUUUUGUCUGAGGUUUCUCUUGCAGCUAGGUGUUGCUAAAGUUGAUGAAUUGAGCGAUGUUUCGAUUUGAUGAUGUAUCUUGGUCUGAAGUUUUUGUAUUUCUUGAGUACAUUUUGAUUGUGUGUUGAAAUGCUUUUCGGUUAGGGUUUUGUUUAUAGAAACUAAGAGCUAGAUGUCUGUUAAAAUUCCUUGCCUCCUGCAGUAUUGAAGACUUUGACGUCCGUUCUUGAAGUUGUUGAACUGAGUAAUGCUCAUGAAUGGAUGUUACAUCCUUGAUCAUAAUUUUGAGGUCUUGACUUCGUCUUCCAUUUUUUAAGUGUUAUGUUUAAGAUGCUUAUCUUCUUAGUUAGGGAGAUAGUAUCUAUUUUGCAGCCUUUUUGAGUCUCCCCCUUGACCCUCCACCCCAAAAACGUAAGACACGUUUCUUAAAGCUCAUUGCUACGUAGUAUAAUAUUCAUGGAAGCUGUUCCUAUGAUGUUGAAUUUCAAUCGAAAUGGUUUGUUGCAUGGUUUGAUGGGUGGGAAGUCAGGUCAGAGAAGUUUUAGAUUCAGUGGUGACAUUUUGGCAUUCACCCCUCUAUUGGUGCUUUAAAUUACAUGUUGAACACGCGAAUGGUGGUUUUUGUUUGAUAAUUGUACAGAAUCAUAGGGUCUACUACUUGAGUACGCGAGAUGAUGUCCAAAACGAAGCAAGCUGUGGUUUAUUUAUUUGGAUGUUCUUUACCAAAUAUUCAGGAUUCUCUGGCUUUCUCCCAACUUGGUCGCUGGUGAUACCUUGUAAAAACCCUAGCCACAAUCUUUGCCGGGCUUGUGAUAUAAUCUACGAUCUUUUUAUUUAUUUGUUUAUUUUUAUUUUAAAAAUCUAAUUAUGAGGAGCAGUAGGGAGCUGGGAUGGUAGCCACACCGUCCCAUCGACGUACUUCACCCUUUUGCAGUGGACUUGGACGAGUUAUUAUAACUAAGUACAAAUGAAGUUUAGAUAGAUGCUUCUGAGUGGUGUUUGAUGUUGGAUUCUUGUCUGCAACCUUUCGAAAACUUGACGUUGGAGUAUGAGUAGCAUCUUUGGAGUUCUGGACGUGUUUGUGCUUCUUCUACGUGUUCCCGAUGAAGUCCUGAUUAUCCUCAGACUCUCAGAGACCAUAAGAGUUAUAGGUGGCUCUCUGCUAGCGAGAUUGCCAGAGCUGUAGGUGCAGUUAUGGGCGUUAUAUUUGGUUGGCUGGAUAGCCUUGGGCACAUAAUCUAUUCCUCCAAUUGUAAGAUCAGCUACGCAGAUUGAGUUGUUCACCUUAGAAGCUUAAAGUUCAGUUCCCCCUCAUUUUAUCAAUUCUCCAUCUCUCUUCAAUGAAUAGAGCUUCCUCUUGCACCUUGCCCUCCGGAACAAUUUUCAUUAUUCAGACAGUUGCUGGCCAUGGCCGCCUUCAAGAAGAGU